AUGUCUUCAAACAGAGGUUUUGCCAUUUUCUUCCUUGAACUUUACUUGGCUGCCUGGAGCCAAGAGGUCGCGGCAGGACCGCUUGUGGUGGACCGCACACGCUUGGGCAACACCUUCGAUGGUGUUGGAGGUUUGAGCGGUGGCGGUGCCACGAGCGUGCUGCUUCCAAAUUACGCGGAGACCUCCCGCUCAGAGGUCCUUGACUACCUCUUCAAACCCAACUUCGGCGCUUCUCUCCAGAUUUUGAAGGUGGAGAUUGGCGGCGACUCGCAGUCGACUGACGGCACAGAAUCCUCGCACAUGCAUGACAGCGAGACGGUCGACCUCCACACUGGCUACGAGUGGUGGCUCAUGCAGGAGGCGAAGAAGCGCAACCCGGACAUCAAGUUGUAUGGACUUGCCUGGGCUUUCCCUGGGUGGGUUGGCGAAGGAUCUGGCGACCCGUUUAAGUUCCCGAAGCAAACUGCACGGUAUUUGGUGGAGUGGGUCACGGGAGCCAAGUCAGAAUACGGGCUUGACAUUGAUUACCUGGGAAUCUGGAACGAGAGAUCAUCUGACAGCAAUUUCGUGCAAGUCUUGAGAAAAUCCUUGAAUGAAGCGGGGCACACCAGUACAAAGCUAGUGGUGAAAGACGGUGACAUCGGCAUCUGCAACGAUCUGCUGAAGGACAAGGCGUAUGCAGAUGCGGUGGACAUCGUGGGUGUGCACUAUCCCAACGAUUUUGCUGAUUUCUCAGCAUGCCAUCAGCUGGCCAAGCCUCUUUGGGCUUCAGAGGAGUCCUCAUCUUAUGACGACAUGAAUGGCGCAGCUUGCUGGGGACGUGUCAUAAAUUCUCACUGGGUUCUCAACAAGAUGACAGCUUCCAUAAUGUGGAACUUGGUAGGUGCUUAUUACCAUGGCACCAAUUGGUAUGCCAGCUCCAUGCUGACUUCUGUUGAACCAUGGAGCGGGCAUUAUGAGGUGAACCCAGUGAUUUGGGCCACAGCGCAUGUCACUCAGUUUACGAAAAUCGGAUGGCGUUACCUGGUGAACGGGUCGGGGUCGGGUGAAUUACCUCGUGGAGGAUAUUUUGCAACGUGGGUGGACCCCUCCUCCACAGACUUCACCAUGAACUUUGUGAAGAUCUCGCGCGAUCACGCCUCCUGCACAAGGCCACAUUUGCCUACCUUCCAAACAUCAGAGGAGAAUGUGACCGUCCUCUUGGCACCUUCCAUGCGCCCGCCUGCAGAACUCGAGGUAUGGUAUUCCAACUUCGAGGCGUAUGGCAAUGCGGAGCCGCCUCUCUUCCAACAUUCAACAGUCCAGGUGCACAACAACAAAUUCUCCCUUCACAUUCCGGUUGGCGCAAUGAUUACCAUCACGACCAUCAAGACUGGUGGGAAGGGAAGCUUCCAACACAUUCCGCCCUCGUCGCCUUCCUUUCCUUUAGACUAUGUCGACGAUUUCCAAUCCACAGAUGAUUCCCGCAAUGCCAGGUGGUUUGCAGACCAGAUCGGGUCCUUCGAGAUUCAUCGCGCUGAGGAUGGCAAGCGGAGUCUCAGGCAGAUGGUAACCCAACUACCAAUUGGCUGGAGUGACAAGGGUUCCAGGGGACCCAUGACACUCAUCGGCAUGCGCGAGUGGCAAGAUAUCAAGGUCCAAGUUUCAUUCAGACUGCCUGCAGCGUCGGCAAAACGAUCACCCGCAGAUGCCGCAUGUGUGGGAGUUCGUGUGGAUCAAAUGUGGCAGAAUGGUGUGGUAUUGUGCAACUUGGCCCACGUAGAUGCUUACUGUGACAUUGUCCGGUCAGCAGAGCAUCCAUAG